AUGUUCUCCACAUUCGUACCCAAAAUGAUCUUAUCAUGCGUUGUUGUAGCCACUAUAUACGGAUCUUCAUUCUAUUUGUUCGUCGCUCGUGGUGAUGUCUACUAUGAAACACCGCAAACAACGCUCAUGUACAUUUCAUAUGUGAUGACGGCAACGAACGUCAUCGGAUUAGUGAAUCACACUGUCAGCGAUCGUGUGGACUGA